AUGAAUGGACAUCGUGAAAUAGUAGACUUGCUGAUCAAACACGGCGCGGCUGUUGACGCUCACAAUUACAACGGACAAACUGUACUUCACUUGGCUGUAGAGAGAGGUCAUAAAGAAGUAAUAGGCUUGCUGCUCCACCAUCAGGCCGCUGUUGAUGUAAGAGAUAACUAUACAGAUACCCCACUUCAUAAGGCUGCAAGGAAUGGGCAUUAUGAUAUAGUAGACCUGCUGGUAAAUUAUGGCGCAGCUGUUGACGGAAGAAAUAGGUUCUUAAGUACUCCACUUCACUUUGCUGCAGAGAAGGGACACCAUAAAACAUUAGACCUGCUAAUCAAGCGUGGCGCG